CAAAUAAAGCGAAAAAAUAAUUAAUAAAGAAAAUAAUAGAUGGGGCGGGCCGCGGAACGGCGGGAGAGAGGGAGGCAGAAAAGAACCGAACUACAAGGUCAGAGAAAAGACGGUGGAGAGAGAAGAUAAAACCCCGGGAAAGGGAGAGAUUCCGGGAAAUUCUAGGUUUACUCUCCUGCUUGAUUCCGUUUCAGGUAAAUAAGACGAAGGCUUGAUAAGUCAUAAGAGCUCGUGAUUGCAACUCUCACUGCACUCGCAACCAGGAAUCUGAAUCACAGCUGCUGCUUCUGUUCAUGGUUUUGCGGUGGUGUAUGAGGAAUGUGAUCUGUGAUCAUGGAGGACAAUGACGAUAAGCUUUUACUCAGAAGUUUGGGUGUUACAUCUGCGAAUCCUGAGGACAUUGAACGGCAUGUUCUAGCUGAGGCAGAAAACCAUGGCAAGAACAGUUCCGACGAGGGAAAGAACAUAGACGAGGAGCCUCAUGAGAAUUCAGAAAGUGUUAAUCCAUUGUCUACCAGCGAGGCCACACUCUACCAUAAACUAAGGGCUGUUAAAUAUGAAAUAGAUGCCGUAGCAUCCACUGUUGAACAAGAAAGGAAAGUAGUUAGUGAAGAUGACUCAGCUUGUGCUAAUGAUGGCACGACAGACCAACAAGAGGAAAAAAAUUGCGGAUCCAGUCCACUGAUUUCUUCAAAUGAUUCAACUCUGCAGCAAGCCCUAGCAGCUGAUAGACUUAGAAGUCUUAGGAGAACUAAGGCUCAAAUUGAAAAAGAACUAUCAGAUCUGCAUCAGAUUACUGUGGACAAGGAUGGAGAGCAUGAGAAACUGCUACAAGACAUUGUGAAGGAGCGCAGACCCAAAAAGAAGCCAAAAUCUUCCAAAAAGACUGAAAAACAUGAAGAUAAGCGUAAGAGAACAGUUUCAUUUGCUGAUGAUAAUGAUUUUGAUGCUGCAUUGGAUGCAGCAUCCAGGGGAUUUGUUGAAACAGAAAGGGAUGAAUUGGUCAGAAAGGGAAUUUUAACUCCUUUUCAUAAGCUUAAAGGGUUUGAACGGCGGCUACAACAACCAGGGCCGUCCAAUAUAUCUGAGAAUGAAGAAAUAGGUGCUGGUGAUCUUACCUCUGGCAGUAUUCUAAGGGCUGCUCAGUCAAUAUCAGACUCUGUGAAAGCUCGUCCAAGAACGAAGCUUCUUGAUCCUGACGAAUUGCCGAAGCUUGAUGCACCUACUCUUCCCUUUCAGAGGCUGAAGAAACCAAUCAGAGUUCCUGCCUCCCUGGAAAGUGAUGCAGAAAAAAGUAAAGCUUCAGGAAAAAGGAAGCGUCCAUUGCCUGGCCAGAAAUGGAGAAAGCGUAUUUCACGAGAAGAAAUCCCUUUGGAUGAUGCUGGAGAUGCACUGGUCGAGCUGGCUACAUCCAGCAAUGAAGAAGAGCUUCUAGAUGAUUCUGGAGAUGUUGAUGGCACUGACUGUCCUUUCAUAACACUUGAAGGUGGACUAAAAGUUCCAGAUACAAUUUUUAGCAAACUUUUUGAUUACCAGAAAGUAGGAGUGCAAUGGCUCUGGGAACUGCAUUGCCAGAGAGCGGGUGGCAUUAUCGGAGAUGAAAUGGGUCUUGGCAAAACGAUUCAAGUUUUGUCUUUCCUUGGAGCAUUACAUUUUAGUAAUAUGUACAAGCCAAGCAUUGUCAUUUGCCCUGUUACACUACUGCGCCAGUGGAGAAGAGAGGCGCGCAAGUGGUAUCCCAGUUUUCAUGUCGAACUACUGCAUGAUUCUGCUCAUGAUCUUCUUUCUAGAAAGAAGAGAGCAAAGUCUUUUGAAAGUGAUGAAGAUAGUGAUGCUUCUUUUGAUAGUGACAAUGAUGCGAGUUUAGCAUCUAAAAAGGGCAACAAAUGGGAGUCAUUAAUAGACCGAGUUUUGAAGUCAGAAUCUGGGCUGCUCAUUACUACGUAUGAGCAACUUCGGCUGCUUGGGGAUAAAUUGCUUGACAUUGACUGGGGAUAUGCAGUUCUGGAUGAAGGACACAGGAUUCGAAAUCCAAAUGCUGAGGUCACUCUAGUCUGCAAGCAGCUUCAGACUGUUCACCGCAUAAUAAUGACGGGAGCACCAAUUCAGAAUAGGUUAAGCGAACUGUGGUCUUUGUUUGAUUUUGUUUUCCCGGGAAAGUUGGGGGUCCUUCCUGUUUUUGAAGCAGAAUUCGCUGUUCCAAUCUCUGUUGGUGGUUAUGCAAAUGCUUCACCACUACAAGUAUCUACGGCGUACAGGUGUGCUGUGGUACUACGUGACUUGAUCAUGCCUUACCUGCUACGUCGUAUGAAGGCAGAUGUUAAUGCCCAUCUUCCUAAAAAGACUGAACAUGUACUCUUCUGUAGCCUUACAUCGGAGCAGCGAUCUGUGUAUAGAGCAUUUCUUGCGAGUGCUGAAGUUGAACAAAUUCUCAAUGGCAGUAGGAAUUCCUUGGCUGGGAUUGAUGUAAUGAGAAAGAUAUGUAACCAUCCUGAUCUACUUGAGAGAGAGCAUUGUUAUCAGAAUCCAGACUAUGGAAAUCCUGAGCGUAGUGGGAAAAUGAAAGUUGUUUCACAGGUGCUCAACGUCUGGAAGGAGCAGGGUCAUCAUGUUCUUCUUUUCACGCAGACUCAGCAAAUGCUUGAUAUCCUUGAAAAUUUCUUGGUCUCUCAUGGUUACAACUAUCGGAGAAUGGAUGGUCUAACUCCAGUGAAGCAGAGAAUGGCCUUAAUCGAUGAAUUCAAUAACACCGAUGAUAUCUUCAUUUUUAUUUUAACUACAAGGGUCGGUGGUUUAGGGACGAAUCUAACUGGUGCAGAUAGGGUGAUAAUUUUUGAUCCAGACUGGAACCCAUCAAAUGAUAUGCAGGCCAGGGAGCGAGCAUGGCGCGUUGGUCAGAAAAGGGACGUGACUGUAUAUAGGUUGAUUACUCGUGGGACUAUCGAGGAGAAGGUGUACCACCGACAGAUUUACAAACAUUUUCUUACUAACAAGAUACUUAAGAACCCUCAGCAAAGGAGAUUCUUUAAAGCUCGUGACAUGAAAGAUCUGUUCAUUUUGAGUGACGAUGGUGACGGUGGAUCAACUGAGACAUCUAACAUUUUUAGCCAGUUGUCUGGAGAUGUCAAUAUUGUUGCUGCGCAAAUGGAAAAGCUGGACAAUCAUAAUCAACACACCAUAAAUGGUGCAAGACAUGUUGUCGAUGAAAGGCAUAACUCGGAGGCCCUACUCACCAGGAGGAAGGUGAAAACAGAGGAGGUUUCUGAUCACAAAGACCCUGAAGAUGAUAAGGAAACAAAUAUCUUGAAGAGUCUUUUUGAUGCUAAUGGUAUACAUAGUGCAUUGGACCAUGACGCCAUUGUGAAUGCGCCCGAUGAAGAGAAAAUGAGGUUGGAGGAGCAAGCAUCUCAAGUCGCACAAAGAGCAGCAGAGGCAUUGCGUCAGUCGCGGAUGCUACGAAGUCGUGAAAGUAUCUCAGUGCCGACAUGGACAGGCAAAUCAGGCUGUGCUGGGGCACCACCAUCCACGACCCGUCAGAAAUUCGGGUGUACCGUCAGCUCUCAACUGAUCAUCAAGAAGACAUCGUCCAACGGAUCCAGCAGCAGCAAUGGGACAACCAGUAGCGGCCUUAAUGGUAUAGCAGCUGGAGCAUCUGCUGCCGGGAAGGCGUUAUCUUCAGCCGAGCUGCUCGCUAGAAUUCGUGGGAACCAAGAAAGAGCUGCUGGCGCGGCUGCGGGGCUUCAUGUUGCAGCAUCAUCCAGUUCAACUAGCAGCACGAGAUCUGGGGGUAGUGGAACAUCCAGCGUCCAGCCGGAAGUAUUGAUUCGUCAGAUUUGUACUUUCAUACAGCAAAGGGGCGGGAGUUCCGAUUCUGCGACCAUAGUGCAGCACUUCAAGGACAGGGUACCAUCUAAGGAUCUGCCAUUGUUUAAGAAUCUCUUGAAAGAGAUAGCAACUCUGAAGGACGACCCAAAUGGGAAAGUGUGGGUUCUGAAAUCGGAAUACGAACAAUAGAGCAUUCUGACUGCCGGUGCUGCUCUCGCUGCUGAAGAUCAUACUGGUACCCUAAUGGUUACGUGGUUGCAUCUGAAACUCAGAAAGUUUAGAUCAUUGAUGCCAUAGAGACAGAAUACUUCCAGUGAUGGGUAAUGAUGAUUCCAAGUCCAUCGUAGUGAUGCUGCAUUAACUCAAAAGUUGCAGAUUUUUUCACUGAGGGAUGAGUUCGGAGGUUGGAACUCCGGUUUUCUCUUUACUGAGAAGCUCUUCUCUGAAGGUUGGCAGUUGGCACCCAAAUCCGACGACAAGCCAAUCCCAGUAUGGAAGUCGACAGUCGUUACGAGUUUCUAUUGUUGGGUCGCCGGUUAAGGCGUUUGCACUGUACCGACAAUUCAUUCGUUACAUGAUUUCAUUGAUUUUUUCAGGUGCAGAGUUCCAGAAACGAAAUAUCAAAGAAAUCUUUGCUAUUUAUGGAAAUGAAGCGGAUUUGAUUUGAUACACUUUUCCAUCCAACACUUAUUCCCACCGAUGAACACUCAUUAGCUAGCCGGCCUUUCCUUACACGUAAAGGUAGGAUCACAAUUCACAAGUCACAACUCUCAAGUUCAUCAGUUCUCUUUUUCUUUUUUUGCUCUUUCUUCUCUCUGAUAAAUGGAAACCCAAAACGGGGAAAUCAUACUAUAAACUCACUCUCACAUAAUAAACAGGUAACCAACCAAAGUCACAAACACCUGAAUUCCAUCACCGCCAUUUACUUCAUUCAUGUCUAAUAUUAGAAAGCCGCCCAUCCCGAUGCAGUUUUUGUCUUUUCUCCUCUUGUUGAUGCCUUGGUCGCCGGCGGGAGAUUCCUCUGCCACAAAGAAAACCCAACCCUCAGAUUGAACUACAUGUUUGUUUGACUGGUUGCCGCCGGCAAUUAGGCUAACAAGAACCCACAACGGAGAAAGUCUGGCGUUUUGUAAUUCGAUUGCCAGAAGCUUGAAUUGAGCGCUUUCAUUCACGCAAUUCUUAGAAGUCUACUAAAAGAGAAGAGAUGCAGACAUACCUGAAGCUGUGAAAAAUCUGAUAACGAAUCGGUAGAACUCCUGCUAUUACUAUUGCUACUGUCCUUGGUUGCCCUCCCACCAGCUGUACUUGUUAUCCGAACAACCGCCAGGUCGUUAGGUGGCGGCGGCAACGGCGACCUUAUCUUGCCGGCCGCAGCCGGAGGUGGGGCAAGGCUCAACGGUUUAGCCUUCCCUGUCGCUGCAGUCCCGCCGGCUAAUCCCGCAGCAGACAGCAUUCCGGUUCCACUGCUAGUCGGCUUAGGCUUUACAUUUAUCCGAAUCGUCUCCCCUUCCUUGAGCCGGUGAUUUACGGCGGGGUGGAUGUCGAUGCCGUCGGCAGCACCGGCGGCACUGCUCUCCCCGGUUUCCUUGUCGUGCUCCCUGCGGACGUACUUCUCGUGAUCGGAGAGGGCGACGUUGAAAUCGAACGCCUCGUUCCGCUCGGCGAACCCAAGGCCGAUGAAGGCGUGCUUCCCAGCGCCGUCCUCGAUCUUGAGCACGAAGUAGCGCGACGAGUCCAGCACCGGCUCCACCGACGUCUCCCGCUGCCCCCGCGGGACGAAGCAGGCCGCGAACAGAUCCCCCGAGUUCGGAUCCUCCAGCCGGAUCUCGCACCGCUCCUUGCAGGAAACGACCCGGAGCCGCCCCGACCAGAUCUUGUCCGACUGCAGCCACUCCCCGCACUUGUAGCCGCCGGAGGUGGAACGCGGCGGGAUUUUGUACACCGCCACCUCCCGGACCACCAGCAGGGUGUGCUCGAACGAUUCUUCGUCCUCCUCCAACGACAUCGUAUUCCUUCCUUCUGCUGCCAACUCUCUCUCUCUCACUUGAGCUGCCCUCUCUUUCUUUCUCUCUCUCUCUAUACCACGCGCACAAAAAUGGAGCAGAGAGAGAAGGCCGGGGAUUUGAAGGAUACGUUUCCUGGCCAAGCGAGAGAUGGCGAAUCGCUGAGACGUGGGUUUGAAGAGUGUGGCUGAUUGGUCAACUGUCGUGCACCAGAGAAGAGAAAAGAAAGAAGAAGGUUCUAUUACCGAUUUACCCCUCCUUGGUUUCCGGCAAGAUUUUACGCUACGCGUUUCCGCACUUUUUUCUCCUUCAAGGCUUUUCGUUUUGGGCCCCAGAUUACAUCUGGGCCGCAGGCCCAAUUCUCCUCAGUUUAAAACCCUAAAAACCCUAGCAUUCCCCCAAGUUUCUGACUUCUGAGCUUGUUCGUCAACUUUGCUGGGAUUUUGCCGAGAAUCGCCUUCUGCCUGCGUCUGUGUUUACUGGUGUUGACAGCGGAGAUUCACGAUGUUGCUUCAGUGCUACAUAAACGAGAAUGGUGAUAAAGUCUACACCACCAAGAAAGAAUCGCCGCAUGGAUUGCCUACGCAGUCUGCUCAUCCUGCUCGCUUCUCUCCCGAUGACAAAUACGCAAGGCAGAGGUAUCUGCUGAAGAAGCGGUUUGGGUUGCUGCCAACACAGCAGCCUCCUCAGAAGUACUGAGAAUGGUUUUUGGGUCUAAACAUGAUGCAGUGAAGGUUUAUCUGACCCACACAGGUCUUCCUCUUGCUAUUUGGAUUGUACAGUUGGCCAUUUGUAUGGUCUUUCGGAUGUGGCUGUGUAAUUGCUUUCAGAAUGUGGGUGCUCAACGGUUUGGAUUCUCUAUCAAGAUGGAUAUCUCGAGCUCUGACUCUGUAAUGCUUGAAGCCAAUUGUGUAAUCUAGUUGUUUGAACUCUGCUGUUUUGCAGCUAUGCGUGUUAUUUUAUUUCGUGUCAUUGGUACGGCUUUUGUGGUUGCUGAUAUAACUAACCAGGCUGUGGGUCCAUGGAAGUAAGCAUUUUAUUGAUAACUGGAUCAGAGCUCAGCCUAUUGACCGGGUUGGCAUAGUGAGGGGCUGCAAAUGAACAAAUUUGCUUGCGAGCAAUUCCCAUUCAAAAUGGGAAGUACUUAUUCGGUACUUGAGUCGUGGGUUGUCUCUUUGAGUAAGUUGGCUUGUGAGUUGUCUUGUCUACAAAUGGGUCAAAUUCAUGCUAAAUUAUGCUUAGCUUGCCAG